AAUAAUACCUCACCUUGGAACAUUAUUGCCUGAUUAACCUGAUUUACAUUGGAUUAUUAGUGCUAUUAUCAGGGAUGGAUUAUCCACAGGGAAAUUAACAAGUUAAUUAAGGAAUGGAUCUGAUGAGUUAUUGCUUUCUCUGGUUGUCAUCUGUAAUCAGUUGUCCCCUAGUGAGUAACUUUCUGCUCCUUAGUAUGUAUAGAACCUCAAUAAAACAGGAAAAGAAGCCAGGGUUUUUGCAAGCACUUAGAUUAUUUAUUUUCAAAUGUUGGAGUUUCUAGGUGAUGGGUGUAUUAUAAAAUUUUAUGAAACACAACCAGAAUAAUUAGUCAUAACGAAAAACCGAAAAAGGAAUUAGAAUUCAAUCUCGCAACUGUUGCAUGGUUUAUUGAUGAAGCUCAGGCCAGGGUUUCUUAGACUGCAACCAAUAUUGUAGGAUUAUUAAAUCUUGAAAUUGCGUCAGGUUAUAUUAUAUUUUUCCUUUUCCAUACCACUGCUACUGUAAACCACAGGGAGAUUAUGCUAAGUAGCAAUAUUUGGUCGUAAGGAUGAAGCAAUAAUAGGCUGAGACACAGUGGGGAGGAUGAAAUAUUCUGUUGGAGCUGAUUUGUGAAAUAUGGCACUAUUUUUCACAGUUAAAACUUGGCCCUGACAUUUCUUAAUGGUCAUAGCAACAAGAUUUAUGGGCCCCAAUUGAUUUUGAGGUAUAAAAGGAGAAAUACAUAGAAGGUAUUUUUUAUCCUGAUGACGUAACACGUCAGUCCUCAUACAUUGAUCUUUCCUAUAAGAGGAGCUUGGGAGCAGAUUUUCGGUACUUCAACUCCUUUUCCAGAUCAAGUUGCUGGAGAAUAAAAUCUAGUGGUGGAUCCAGCUUUGUUGACUUUAACAGAAGGCUGGGCUGCUAAGCUUCAUUGAUUGAUGAUUAAGACUUUGCUGUGUUUUGUGAGGACUGUCACUCUAGUAAAACAAACGCGAUUCAUGCAAGGGGAGGAUCCAAAAACUGUCCUCAGUAUUAGUACCAAGUAUUUUUAUGGAUAUACUUUGUACUAACUAUUUUUUGCUCCAAUGAGACACUGCCUCGGUGCAACGUUCUGUAAAUAGUAACUAUUGUAAAAUCUGAGAAAGGAAAAAUUUCAAGUGGAAAAACCUAGAAAUCUGAAAAGUGAGUACUAGGUACAGAUCUAAGGUCUGUCUUAGUGUGAGGUGUGGAUCCAGAGUUUGACCUUUACAGCUGGCAGUGUUAGUAUUGUUUGUCUCACCUGAAACAGUUUACGUCUGAUCAGGAGAGAACUGAAGAGGGUAGAGCUGUGUUUGUUCUCUGUCACGGUUCAAUGUGUGUCCUCCCCUCACUUAAAGCCAGGCUGACGUAAUUCUUAUUGUGUCCACAAACUCUCACCGAAUUUCUUGCGCUCUGUCCACGAAGCCUCCGUGAGCCGCUCCAGUUUUGGGAAUUUCCCCGAUCGGACAGGAUGUUGUCGGUCCCUGUGGAUAUUAUUCCCCCUCGCAGGCAUUCCUGGGUCUGUUUUGAUGUGGAGAAUGGUACGGGUGGUCGUGGGGGACUGGAGGGGACGAGUCCGUCCAGCAGACUGCUGUUACAGAACGCCCCCCAGAGGAGGGACUCCUUCCUGUACCGUCCCGACAGUGACUACGACCUCUCACCAAAGUCAAUGUCCAGACACUCGUCAGUCCAGAGCGACGUACAUGCAGAUGAUUUGAUAGUGACGCCAUUUGCUCAGAUCUUGGCUAGCUUGAGGAGUGUACGCAAUAACUAUGUAAUGCUGACCAACACUUCCAGAGAAAGGUCUGGCACAGGUGGGAAAUCAAACACAGUUCCUCAGUCUUCUCACUCCAGUACAGCCACCUUAAAAACAGACGAGAGCUACUCUCAGCUUGCGAUGGAGACAUUGGAGGAACUUGAUUGGUGCUUAGACCAGCUGGAAACGAUGCAGACUCAUCGGUCUGUCAGUGACAUGGCCUCCAGCAAGUUCAAACGAAUGUUAAACAGAGAACUGAGUUCUUUCCGAGAGUCGAGUAAAUCAGGGAAUCAGAUCGCCGAGUUUAUUUGUAACACAUAUCUAGAUAAGCAACAGGAUUUGGACAUACCUCAGGUUAACGCAGAGCAAAAUAAUAAAACUGCUGAGAAAUCAUCACCCAUGACUAAAAUCACAGGGGUUCGAAAACUGAAACAUACGAACAGUUACACCACAGUGCCAAAGUAUGGAGUGGAAACCAGUCAAUCAGAGGAACUGGGAAAGCACUUGGCAGACAUUAACAAAUGGGGAAUGGAUGUGAUAAAAGUAGCAGAGUUUUCCAACAACAGAUCGUUAACCUGUAUUACCUACACAAUAUUACAGGAGCGAAACUUAUUGAAGACGUUUAAUAUUCCCGCGCAAACACUGCUGACGUAUCUAACACACCUGGAGGAUCAUUAUCACCGCGACAACCCGUACCACAACGCCGAGCACGCAGCUGACGUCACGCAGUCAACGCAUGUACUACUUAACGCUCAGGCCCUGGAGAAUGUCUUCACUGAUCUCGAGAUAUUAGCAGCAAUAUUUGCCUGUGCUAUACAUGAUGUGGACCAUCCAGGACUCACAAAUCAGUAUCUCAUAAACACAGGCUCGGAGUUGGCCCUGAUGUAUAACGAUGAGUCAGUCCUGGAGAAUCAUCAUUUAGCCGUCGCUUUCAAGCUUCUGCAAGAGGAAAACUGUGAUAUUUUUGUCAAUCUCUCCAAAAAACAACGUCAAACGCUUCGCAAAAUGACAAUUGAUAUGGUCCUGGCUACAGAUAUGUCUAAACACAUGAGCUUAUUGGCUGAUCUAAAAACUAUGGUGGAAAGCAAGAAAGUGGCCGGCUCAGGGGUGUUACUGCUGGACAACUAUACUGACCGCAUCCAGGUCUUACAGAACAUGGUCCACUGCUCAGACCUGGGAAACCCCACUAAACCUCUGGACAUUUACCAGAAGUGGGUCACACGGCUGAUGAAGGAAUUCUUCCACCAGGGGGACAUGGAGCGCGAGAGGAACCUGGACAUCAGCCCCAUGUGUGACCGUCACACAGCCACCAUAGAGAAAACACAGGUGGGUUUUAUCGACUACAUCGUCCACCCGCUGUGGGAGACCUGGGCAGAUUUAGUGUACCCCGAUGCUCAGCACAUCCUGGACACACUGGAGUAUAACCGAGACUGGUACCAAAGUCAGAUCUCCAUCUCACCCUCACCCAGCUUCUCUCACACGCCCACAGAGAACUCCCACUUUAACUUCAUCGAGGAAGAGGAGGGGGAGGGGAAUGGGGUGGUCACCAUUAACGUGGGGGUCGACUCGGGGUAACGCCCGGGGACGGAGCACCGUGGGCCGGUGAGGGACGGCCCUCAAUACAACGCCCCGCUUCUGUACACCUACACGGUGUGUGACAGAACUGGCUAUCAUUGACAGGGGACAACACAUUUAUCAUGCCAUUUAGAGGUGUUGCCAUGGACAACAGUUACCUGCUGUCAAGAUGUGUUGGUCAGAUAUACACACAUUGUCAUAGCAAUGACUUGUGAGGGUCACAGUGUCUCCAUGGUGAUAUCACGUAGAGGACAGUGUCCCGUUAGUGACCAGUCAUGACCCCAUUUUUGAGUUGCUCAGACAUUUAGAUAUUCAUUCCAGACAUACCUCAAGAUGUAGCCCCGCUACAAACUGCUCUCCCACGAACUGUGCCAUAGAAAUAAAACUACACGUGAAGACAGGACUCAAAACAUUGAGCCGCUUGUUAUAAUGAAGACUUCACAUAGAAUAAAACAUUUGUGAGAAUGUGUUUUAUAAAGCUCUUCUUUGUUGCUUUGACCUUGGAUUUCUCAGGAGGAUGUGUCAGUAUUUCUAUAGGAACACAUUACCAAGCAAUAGGACGUCUUCACACGGUGGCAUCCCCGAGACAAAUACUGAGUGGUCUCCCUUUUUGAUAUUUAUUUUUUUUGCUGAUAGUUGACACAAUCAAUUUAUUUAUUUAUAUAGGUUACCUCUCAUUAGUCAUUCUAGUCAGUCAUCUUAAGAAAUGGAGCCUUCUGGUUUCCAUGGUUACAUUAAAAAACUUUGCUUUUAUUUUUACCGAGAUAACAUUUUUUUCUAGAAAUUAAAAAUUCAUUGAUCAUGUGACUAACACUUGAAGAUUGAGAAGUGAUUUUAACAAUAUGGCUAUGUCUUUCAUACGAGUGUUAAAUUCAAUAGUUCUUGUUAUGUAUUUAUGUAUUAAUACUUUAAAACGAAAGUAAGCUGGAUUUAAGGAAUGUCUUUCUACCAUUAUUUAUUUGUAGACUGGACAAAAUUGACUUUGUAAUUCAGUCCAGAUUUGUCUAGACACAAGCCAUGUCUGGGACUUCUGUAUUAACAGUAUUUAGAACAGUUGUAUGUGACAUUAUUUUUACUUUUGAACUCCGUUGUUUAAUUGGUUAGUGUUAAUGUACCAUCUGCUGCGCUAGGAGUGUUUCGCAGCACUUUGUUUUAUUAUCCCAAUUUUCUGUGAUAAAAAAUUGCUGCAGUUUAAA